AAGUGUCUUUUCGGUGUGGACACCGUGGAGUACCUUGGCUAUAUCCUCUCUCCGUCUGGUCUCACUAUGGACAAGGAGAAGGUCCGCGCAAUUCGCGAAUGGUCAGAACCCUGCAAGGUCAAAGACGUCCAAUCCUUCCUCGGCUUCGCCAAUUUCUACCGCCAAUUCAUCUAUAAUUACUCCGACAUCGUCGUUCCGCUUACGCGUCUCACUCGCAAGGAUACACCUUUCCUCUUCUCCGACAAAUGCCGACAUGCCUUUAACCGCCUGAAGGAGGCCUUUACCUCCGCUCCGAUUCUUACUCACUGGGAACCUGACCGACAACUCAUCGUCGAGACCGACGCCUCUGACUACGCCAUC